UACUGAGAAAACGUUAGUUUUAAGUUAAAUACGAAUAAAAUGUUCUUAUAAAUUUAAAAUAGCAAAUAAGUAAGGUUAUACUGAGUUGUUUAUGUAAUAAAAUUGUAAGUGUGCGCAUUGACUGUGAUUAGUUUAAUCCACGAGAGUAUUAAGUAAUUUACAAGACGAAGAAGUUCCUGGAAAAGAGCAUGGAGAAACAGAAAUCAAGAUGGGUUGCUUCGUGAGCAAAGAUAAACUCACUAAAGAGGAUAUGGACUUCCUCAAGACGCACACGUCGUACGACGAGACUACCAUCAAGGAAUGGUAUAAAGGAUUCAAGCAAGAUUGUCCUAACGGAAGGCUGACCCCGGCUAAAUUUGUCGACAUGUAUAAGAUGUUUUUCCCAUCUGGUAACGCUGUCGAAUUCUGUGAUCACGUAUUCCGGACAUUCGACAUGGACAAGAACGGAUAUAUAGAUUUUAAGGAAUUCCUACAAGCGAUCCACGUGACCUCCAGUGGAACUCCCGAGGAGAAGCUGAAAUGGGCUUUCCGUAUGUACGAUGUUGAUGGAAACGGGGUGAUUGAUAUUCAGGAGAUGACAAAAAUCGUUCAAGCUAUUUACGAUAUGUUGGGAGCUUGUUCAAGUAACAGGCCAGCUGAUUCGGCUGAAGAGCGCGCUAAGAAUAUCUUCGCGAAGAUGGAUGAGAACAACGACGGUCAACUCACCCAGGAGGAGUUCCUCAAGGGUUGUCUCCAAGACGAGGAGCUUUCCAAAAUGCUUGCGCCUUAAGGCGUUACUUCUUAUCAAUUCAUAACCAUUCUCUCCCUUGUAUACCUCAAUAUGAACCGACGGCGUUAUUUUUUUAUAUUUUACCACUUUAAUUUUUAAUAGUUGAAAGGCUCAUUAAGACUUUGAUAUUGAAUAUGAUUGAUGGAUACCCUUAUAUUUAAUUCACCAGAUUCGUUUCGUCUCCUCCGGUGCGAACUGCACCAUAGUAAAGAUUUGAUCUAAAUAUAAAACGCUGACAAGCACGUCUAUAAUGUCGCUAGUCGUAUUAAACUGAAAUGUAUUAUAGCCCGCGAUACGUUUGAUCUGCGGCUAUUGCAUUCGAUCAACCUAAAUCUCAAUUCUAAAACCAGCACGAUCCGAUCUUGUUUAUCAAAAGCCGAUAGUAUUGUUUGCGUCAAUAUAGACACGCCCAACUUUGAUGUAUACAUUUAAAUUCACACAAUGAGGAUGAUCUGUGGAAUCGUUAUUUUAAAUUUUUCUUUUAAUGUCGCCGUUGGACGUCCCCCUAAUAUAAAGUAUUAUGUCCGAACCAUACACUUAAUAGGCAAUCGUUCUCAAACUAUCCUCUCAUCGAACUUUAAAUUUAUCAAUGGUUAAUUAAUGUGCUGCACAAGUAUAAACAAAUGUCAAUCUUACAUUAUUAAGGCAACAAUUAGUAUAGUGGUGAUCGAACAGAGAAGAUCAGAUUGAUAAAUUCAACCGCAGAACCUAACGCAUACCGAACACGCAUCGAUACACACAAUCUGAUCGCUUCUGUGGAAGUUAAGUCGAAUUAUAUGUAAGUUUUAUUAUAUGCAUAUUAAUAAGUAUUUAUCGAUCUAAUGUCGAACAUUGGUGUCACAUAUUUCAAAUCUGGUGUUAUAUCUCCUUAUUCACAUAGACAGGGAAAGUCAUCUUAUCCUCUCAGUUUAAAACUGACAUUCUAGUAUUAGCUGUCCUCGAUGGUUUUUGACUAUUUAAUUCUGACAUCGUUCGACUUGAGCUUAAACAUAUAGACUUCUAGGUAAUGGUUUCAGUCGCUCUUUAAUUUUAUAUUCUUCGAUAUUACAUUCCUCUACUGUGCCUUCUAGUUCCUGAUAUAAUAGGUUUUUACUCUCUUCUCUUGUUUUUGUUUCGACUAUUUGCUUCGUUCCAAGCGAUAUCGGCUAUGUUAAAUUGUUUCGGAUAAAAAUAACGCCAAAUUCAUGCACAAGUCUCCUUCCAAAUUGUAGUUAAGGAACAAAAUUUCUAGUGUAUCCUAGUCCCCAUAUCUUUUAGAUUGUAUAUUUAUUAGACGGUAGAGUAAUUAAAAUUUAUGAAAAAGCUGUAAUUAUUUUUUAAAUAUGCCAUAUUGUUUGAUGGGGUCGCGAAUUAUGGUUUUGUUGUAUUUAAAUGGUUAUUAGUUUUCAGUGCACGAUUAUUGGAAUAUAAUAAAGAAUAGCUAUGAUAUCUUUCCGCACAAUUAAAAAACAUAAUAAUAAAUAUCGACUAAAAUACAUGUAAUAGGGAAAUAUUGUAUUAAACAGGUUUGGGUGCUAGUAAAGUAUUAGAUAAAUCGUAAUUUUGUAAUAAAUAUAUAAAAUGUUUAAAAAGUUUGUAGACAUUUUUAAUAUUUGAAUAUAACAUGAUUUUGAUCAAUAUUGUCCGAUAUGUAUAAUGUAUGCACUGAAAACUAAAAAGAAAAUGUUUUUCUUGCCUAAGAUUACAUUCCAUGAGUUUUGUUGACGUAAGUUUUUAUCCUUUCCUUUUUGUAUAUCGGUUUCAUCUAUAAUUCAUAAACUCAUAUUUUAAACAAACUAAUCUUUGUAAAUCUUAAUAUCGUUAAUGUAAGUGAAAACCAUAUUAACGAUGCAUUAAUUCGGUAUUUAAAUGAUAUUAAAAUAAAUGUAACUUAAAAAUUGAAACGGACAAUUAAUAUUUUUAGGAGUAAAUUAAAUUUAAAACUAGUACUAUUUUCAAAUUAAAAACUUUAAAAAUGUAUCCUUUUUGGAUCAUAAUAAAUACACUAUAAAAUCAGCAUCGCGACCCAAGCUCCCGUAUAACGUUUUAUUUCUCUUUUCAUUAUAAUAAAUAUAUAAUAUUAAUAAAUUAAAAAAAAGGUUUUACUAGAUUUCUCUAUUAAAAGCUAAUGCACAACUCUAUUUCAAUUUAAAACACAAAUAACUUUUGUGUCUAUACUUAUAAUCUUGGCUCAAAUGUUUAUUCCUAAUAUGCUUAUAAGGUUAUCUAAUUGUUUUAUGUCUGUAAUAAUUUGUUCCUCAGAUUUGACUUAAUUAGAACUGGCAUUAAACCAUUUUUUAAUGAUAACAUGACGUAGUAAAUGACUACACUUAAUUUCUCGUAGAUCUGCCUAUGAUUUUUAACUUCGAAAUUGGUUCAAAUAUAAGAUAUUGCAGUUCAUAUAGUUUACCAUUUUGGCUCUUUGGACUACGACAAAUACAUAUUCUACUAUGCCCUUGUGUUCUGAGGAUUUAGCAGUACUGUAUUUGACCUUGAAUUAUAUUAUAAUAAAUUCAGUUUUACAGAGUAAUUGAGUUGAUAUUUAAGAUUUCUUUUGUUUUUAUUUAUUUAGAAAAACCUUGAUCUAAAACUAUUAAUAAGAAUUAAUUUAAAAAUAAUUAAACAUAUGAUUGCAAUAUUUAUUCAGUAUACGACGCUCA